GCCGGGCUGUAACACUGGGAAAUCCAGUGUUUAGUCCAAUUAAAUAAUAGUGGCCCAUUUUCGGGCAUCGCAGCUUAAGCCUUAGCUGCAAUGAUAUCGCCGGAACAAGAAGAGGUCAAUAUGGUCCUGGAUCGCCAUGUACGGCAGAAUAUCCAGGACAUGAUGCACGAGGCUCAAGUCCAGGCCAGCCUGUUGGAGAACGAUGGACGUGUCCGUUUCCACUUGGACUCGAGUUUGGACCAGGAUUCCCUUCAAGCCGUCGUGGGUAUGGAUCAGAGCACCGAACAGGGCGCCAAUCAGGUGCAAAACUACCGCGACAUGAUGGUGGACAGUGAGCAUCACAUCGACAUUAAUGGGUCGCUGCGCAAGCGUCGUGGGAAUCUGCCCAAGUCCUCUGUAAAGAUUUUGAAGCGUUGGCUUUAUGAGCACCGCUAUAACGCCUAUCCGAGUGAUGCGGAGAAGUUCACCCUGUCCCAAGAGGCCAAUCUGACGAUUCUUCAAGUGUGCAACUGGUUCAUCAAUGCACGUCGCCGCAUUCUACCCGAGAUGAUCAGACGUGAGGGCAACGAUCCCAUGCACUUCACCAUAUCGCGACGUGGCAAAAAGGUUACCCCCAACUGUUCGGUAUCAUGUGCGUUGACUGGGCCGAAUCCCGCACACGGAAGUCCCGCCUCCGAAGUGGUCGUUGGCGCCACAGAGGAGGUGGAUGGCGCUGGUGAGAUUCACGAGGGCAUCGCCAAUGUGCUGACCAACUUUGAGCAGUAUGUGCAGGGCCCCAAUGGACAAAUGGUCAAGAUGGAGCCGGAGUACGAGGACAGUGUCAUCUACAGCUGGCAGCAGGCCAUUGCAAACAACCCGAUGGGCUUUCAAAGUCUUCACUCCUCGCUGCAAGCAACCAUGAUCGAUAAAAUUCAAAACUAUCAGAUGCGCAAGGCUGCCGCCAUGGGGGUUUCGGCUGGCUCAGGUGGUGCUGGUGGGUCGAACUCUAGCUCCAAUUCUGCCACAUCCAUACUGCCAUACAGCCUUUUUGGCCAGCUGCCGCCAGAGUUCGAUGACGAAGAAAAGCCAAGACCUCCGAAGCGCGUAAGAACGCGGACGAUUGCUGCAAAGAAUCCUAGGGAGAAUGCCAAGCAAGCCAAGCCUAAGACUGGGAAAAAGCAAGAAUCCAUGUACUGCCAUAAGGAUUCAUACGGCGGAAUCGUGGGGACUCCUAGGUCCGAGGGCGAAGAGAGUGCCCAAGGAUACGAGUCCUGUGGGCCGAACAGCGAGGAGGAAGUACGCUUCGAGACCUCCCAUGAUUGGCAGAGCGUAAUAAAAACUGUAUUUGGUACUGAGGAAGUCAGCACUUCGGCUGGCAAUAAUCCAGGUACCUCUGGUUCGAAGGAAUCUGGUCAGAAUACCGUCUUCUGGAAUCGCAAUCAGCAGACUGCGAAGCGUGACGAAAAUCAACACUUGACAGACUACGAAAGCGAGCUGAAUAAAAUACAGGCCUCGGAAAUCCAGACAAUCGAUUCUACCAGCUCCAAUCAACAGGACAUCGGUGAUAAUCUGCAGGUGGACGAGGUGUUCACUGCCGCUGAAGCAGAAGCUGGCCAGAGUCAAUUAUCUGCUAUAUCGCAGGGUCCACAUGAGCGUGGCAAGUACAAGUGUCUCUAUUAUCUAGUGGAAACUGCCAUGGCUGUGCGCCAAAACGAUGACGUCCAGGACGACGAUUUCGUUUACAUGGGAGACUAGAGCUCCAAACCAAAUACCCACGCAACAGAUCCCGACUUCCCAAAGUGCCGAGGCGUGUAUAUAGAAAUAUAUAUAUAUAUAUAUAUAUUUAAGUAAUUUAAUCAACCAGCACUUGACCCAAAAAUUUGCCUCUAACCCAUGUUAAUUAAUUAGGUUACUAAUAAUUACAUAAUGUACAAAGCUAUAGAUCAAUUCGCAAUGCCACCGCCCAAAUACCCUUUCCACCAAAUCAAUUCACAAACAAAUCGACUUAGUCUUGGACCUGACUCUUUAAACUAAACAUGAUUGUGUACACUACUUAUACAUAAAUAAAACAAAAA